AUGUCUGGGUGGAGGUACCUCAUCUGUGUCAGCUUUUUGCUGAUCAUUCUUCUUGAACUGACAUACCAGGGACCCCCUGUCCCCGCUUCAUCAAGCACAAAGUUGUUAAUGACAAGCUAUUCCAUGCACUCCACGGUGGUGUCUCGCUACGCCCACACCUUGGUCACUUCUGUCCUGUUUAAUCCACAUGCUGAAGCCCAUGAAGCCAUCUUUGACCUGGAUCUGCCUCAUCUCGCCUUUAUCUCCAAUUUCACUAUGACCAUCAACAAUAAAGUCUACAUUGCAGAAGUCAAAGAGAAGCACCAGGCAAAGAAAAUCUAUGAAGAAGCCCAUCAGCAAGGAAAGACAGCUGCUCACGUAGGCAUCAGGGACCGGGAAUCAGAGAAGUUCCACAUCUCCACCAGCCUGGCAGCAGGCACAGAGGUGACUUUUUCCCUGGCCUAUGAGGAACUGCUUCAGCGUCACCAGGGCCACUACCAGCUGGUGGUGAGCCUGAGGCCCGGCCAGUUGGUGAAGAGGCUGAGCGUAGAGGUUACAGUGUCAGAAAGGACAGGCAUCUCCUAUGUGCACAUACCACCCCUGAGGACCAGCCGCCUGCGCACCAAUGCCCAUGCAAGAAAAGCCAUCCUAUUAAGUCUCUUCCCUCUCAAUGGAAACAAGAGUGUGGUGCUUAGCUCCCUGUCCCAGAAUACUAAAAAGGCCAUGAAUGUGAUCCUCAGUGACCUUCGAGCCAAUGACUACUUCAACAUCAUAUCCUUUUCUGACACAAUUAAUGUCUGGAAAGCUGGAGGCUCUAUCCAGGCCACCGUCCAGAAUGUCCACAGUGCCAAGGACUACCUGCAUCGCAUGGAAGCCGAUGGUUGGACCGACAUCAACUCAGCUCUGCUGGCAGCUGCUUCAUUGCUGAACCAUAGCAACCAGGAGCCUGGGAGGGGCCCCAGUGUGGGGAGGAUCCCUCUUAUCAUCUUCCUGACAGAUGGGGAGCCCACGGCUGGCGUGACGACCCCCAGUGUGAUCCUCUCCAAUGUCCGUCAGGCAGUAGGCCACAGGGUAUCCCUUUUCAGCUUGGCCUUUGGGGAUGAUGCUGACUUUACACUGCUGCGUCGCCUGUCCCUGGAAAACCGGGGAAUAGCCCGGCGCAUAUAUGAGGACACUGAUGCGGCCCUACAGCUGGAGGGCCUCUAUGAGGAGAUCUCCAUGCCUCUGCUGGCAGAUGUGCGUCUGAACUACCUGGGCGGCUUGGUUGGGGCCUCCCCUAGGGCCGUUUUCCCCAAUUACUUUGGUGGCUCAGAGCUGGUGGUGGCAGGACAGGUACAGCCAGGCAAACAGGAACUGGGCAUCCACCUGGCAGCCCGUGGCCCCAAGGAUCAGCUUCUUGUGGCCUGCCACAGUGAAGGGGCCACCAACAACAGCCAGAAGACCUUUGGUUGCCCAGGGGAGCCAGCCCCCAAUGUGGCCCACUUCAUCCGCCGCCUCUGGGCCUAUGUCACCAUUGGAGAGUUGCUGAACGCACGCUUCCAAGCUCGUGACACCACCAUUCGCCACCGGCUGGCUGCCAAAGUCCUCAACCUGUCCCUUGAAUACAACUUUGUCACACCUCUGACUUCGCUGGUCAUGGUGCAACCCAAGGAGGCCAGUGAGGAGACCAGGAGGCACACCUCCACCUCUGCUGGGCCAAACACCAUAAUGCCCUCAUCCAGCAGCAGGCAUGGCCUAGGGAUAAGCACAGCUCAGCCAGCCUUGGUGCCCAGGGUUAUCUCCCCCAAAUCAAGGCCUGUGAAACCAAAGUUCUACUUAUCCUCAACUACUACUGCCUCUACCAAGAAGAUGCUAAGUUCCAAAGAGCUGGAGCCAUUGGAAGAGAGCCCUCAUACCCUAUCAACGCCUACAUACCCAAAGGCCAAAACUCCAGCACAACAGGAUUCUGGCACCUUGGCCCAGGCAACUCUCAGGACAAAACCUACCGUUCUUGUGCCCUCAAAUUCUGGUACUCUGUUGCCUCUGAAGCUCAGCACUCUAUUACACCAGAAUCCUGGUAUAUUAACCAUGAACUCCAAGACACAAGUCCCACCUCUGAAACCUGGCAUCCCAGCCUUGCCGAAAGCUGACACUAUGAAACAUGUUACUCCACUGCAUUCCAGACCUGGUGCUCCAUCACACCCCCAACUUGGGGCACUCACAUCACAGUCACCUAAAGGCCUGCCACAGUCAAGACCUGGAGUCUCUACACUUCAUGUUCCCAAGUACCCACCACACAGCAGACUUACGGUUCCUGCUCCCAAGACCCGAAACAACAUGCCACACCCCAGGCCUAGAAUCCUCUUGUCCAAGACCCCUAAAGUCUCAUUAUCUCUUAAACCAAGUGCCCCACCACACCAAAUUUCCACAAGCAUAUCAAUUUCCAAGCCUGAGACCCCAAAUCCCCAUAUGCCCCAAACCCCACUACCUCCUAGACCUGACAGACCAAGGCCCCCACUUCCUGAGAGCCUAAGCACAUUUCCAAAUACAAUCUCAAGUUCCACAGGUCCCAGUAGUACCACAACCACCUCUGUCCUUGGAGAACCCCUCCCCGUGCCUUUUACUCCCACUCUGCCCCCUGGAAGGUUCUGGCAUCAGCAUGAUCUGCUCCCAGGUCCCCAGAGGACCAGACAAGUUCUGGGACCAUCUAGGCCAGGAGUUCCAACAAUGAGCCUACUCAACAGCUCCAGGCCUACAUCAGAAGGCAGCCCUCCAAACCUGCCAAUCUUGCUGCCUUCUAGCGUCCUCCCUGAGGCCAUCAGUCUGCUCCUUCUCCCCGAGGAGCUACAGCUGCUGUCUGAAUCAAUGGUGGAAUCCAAGUUCGUGGAGUCCUUGAACCCACCAGUUUUCUAUACCUUCCUCACUCCUGAUGAAGAUGGAAGUCCAAACUGGGAUGGCGAUUCUGAGGAGAUCCUGGGAGGAGCUGGAGGCAGCAUGGAAUCUCAAGGAAGUUCUGUGGGGUUAGCAAAAGGCACAUUACCUAGCAUCUUCACCUUCUCCUCCUCAGUGGACGGGGACCCCCACUUUGUGAUCCAAAUCCCACACUCAGAAGAGAAGAUCUGCUUCACACUGAAUGGGCACCCUGGGGACUUGCUGCAGCUCAUAGAGGACCCAAAGGCAGGGCUGCACGUGAGUGGGAAGCUGCUUGGCGCACCACCAAGGCCGGGCCACAAGGACCAGACUCGCACCUACUUCCAGAUCAUCACAGUCACUACAGACAAACCCCGGGCCUACACUAUCACCAUCAGCCGCAGUUCUAUAUCUUUGCGAGGUGAGGGUACCUUGCGCCUGUCCUGGGACCGACCUGCCCUACUGAAGAGGCCCCAUCUGGAGCUCUAUGUGGCUGCUGCAGCCCGCCUUACCCUCCGCCUUGGGCCCUACCUUGAGUUCCUAGUCCUCCGGCACCGCUACAGACAUCCCAGUACCCUGCAACUACCCCACCUGGGGUUCUAUGUGGCCAAUGGCUCAGGCCUCAGCCCCUCAGCCCGUGGCCUGAUAGGGCAGUUCCAGCACGCAGACAUCCGACUGGUGACAGGACCUAUGGGGCCAUGCUUACAAAGGCACCAUGGCCCAGAUGUGCCUGUGAUUCUAGGCAAGAGGCUGCUGAAGGACUCACCAAGGCUGCUGCCCCGCUGGGCUUCCUGCUGGCUGGUGAAGCGCUCUCAUGUAGAGCUGCUUCUGGGCCACCCCUACCUCUCCUAUGUCCUGUGA